AUGUCUGAAAACCUUAUCGCUUCCCUCCAAGUUGGUCGUAGUACCUCUUCCAUGCCCAUUGAAGAAUACAGAGCACGUAAGGUCGCUCUUGUUACUGGUGUUACUGGUCAAGAUGGUUCUUACUUAACUGAAUUCUUGUUGGAAAAGGGUUAUGAAGUCCAUGGUGUUAUUCGUAGAUCUUCCUCUUUCAAUACUGGUCGUAUUGAACAUAUUUAUAAGGACAGACAUGACCAAGGCGUCAAGUUCUUCCUUCACCACGGUGAUUUGACUGAUUCUACCUGUCUUGUUCACAUCAUUUCUCAAAUCCAACCCACAGAAGUCUAUAACUUGGCUGCCCAAUCUCAUGUCAAGGUUUCAUUUGAUAUGUCAGAAUAUACCGGUGAUGUUGAUGCUCUUGGUACUCUUCGUCUUUUAGAUGCUAUCCGUACCUGUGGCUUAAGUGACCGUGUCCGUUUCUAUCAAGCUUCCACUUCCGAACUUUACGGUAAGGUUGCUGAAACACCCCAAAAGGAAACCACUCCUUUCUACCCUCGUUCUCCUUAUGGUGUUGCUAAGCUUUAUGCUUACUGGAUCACUGUCAACUACCGUGAAUCCUACAAUAUGUAUGCCUGUAACGGUAUCCUUUUCAACCACGAAUCACCCCGUCGUGGCCGUACCUUUGUCACACGUAAGAUUACACGUGCAGUUGCUGAUAUUCAUCUUGGUCGUCAAGACUGUCUCUACCUUGGUAAUAUUGAUGCUAAGCGUGAUUGGGGACAUGCCCGUGAUUAUGUUGAAGGUAUGUGGCUCAUGUUGCAACAAGAUCAACCUCAAGACUUUGUUUUGGCUACCGGUGAGACCCAUACAGUUCGUAGCUUUAUCGAGAAGGCUUUCAGAGUCACUGGUCGCACAAUUGUUUGGGAAGGUGAGGGUGUUAAUGAGAUUGGUAAAGAUUCAGAAACUGGCAAGGUCCGUGUCCGUAUCGAUGCCAAGUAUUUCCGUCCUGCUGAAGUAGAGCUCUUAUUGGGUGACCCAACAAAGGCAAACACCGAAAUGGGUUGGAAGCGUAAGGUCACUUUCGAUGAGUUAGUAACCGAAAUGGUUGUUGCCGAUAUUGAAGGUGGUCUCAACUCCUCAACAUUAAUGUAA